AGCACUUGAAUCGUGUCUUUGUAAACUUCAUCUUCUUCCUGUAUAUCUGCUUUUUUUCCAAAUCAUAUCAAAGUCAUCCCAGUUCACAAUCCCAAAUUUCAUCAUGUACAAUUCGAAUUUGAAGGAGGAUCUAAAGUAUUCAGCACCACCAGCUUCAUACGGAAGCGAAUUCACAACUGGAAUUCCAGUCAGCACUGGCUCAACCCAAAGUUACUAUUCAGAUCAGCAAAGCUACGCUGUCAAGCCUAAACCUCAGGUCCCCUGGUCAACUGGUUUGUGUGACUGCACUUCCGAUGUCCGGAACUGUUGCAUCACAUGCUGGUGCCCAUGCAUUACUUUCGGACAAGUUGCUGAGAUUGUAGAUAAAGGAUCAAGCUCGUGUGGAUCAAAUGGAGCCCUUUAUACACUUAUUGCCUGUGUGACUGGCUGUGCCUGUUUCUACUCUUGUUUCUACCGGUCAAAGAUGAGGCAGCAACACUCCUUGCAUGAAACUCCCUGUGGGGAUUGCUUAGUCCACUGCUUUUGUGAGCCGUGUGCCUUGUGCCAGGAGCAUCGUGAGCUGAAAAAUCGAGGAUUUGAGAUGGAAAUUGGAUGGCAUGGAAACAUGGAGAGGCAGAAUAAAGGAGGAGUUUCAAUGACCGCAGUGGCUCCUACAGUUGAAGGAGGGAUGAGCAGAUAAAUGAUGAGGAAGAUGGCAAUAAAACCAUUUGGCCAAAGUCAUGGUUUAUCUUCUUUUCAUGUUUAUGUUGUUUAAUCGGUGUAUUGGUGAAUGUAAUUUUAGAGCUUCAAACUUGGAAUUGUUCGUGCCUGUGGUAUCAUAUAAUAUGAAGCUGUCUUUUGACCACAUCAUUGAGAUGUGUGAGAAUCUGAGUGCUGUAAAAAUUUGUACCAGUUCAAGAAGUUAUUCAUUGUUUGUAAUUUGCAAGAAGUGAUCUUAUCAAUAGUACGUGUUCUUUUAGCUCGUUCUUA